AUGUAACUAAGAGGAGGUGGAUGUGUCAGUCCUGGUAGUGUAAUAACACCUAAGAAUACACCAAUAUAAACAUUGGACGAAAAAUAAGUUACACCUAAUUUAUAAAACUAUAUUAGAAUUCACUCUAAUAGGAUUGCUGAGAAUGCUGUAACUGCUAUUGAUAAAAAGAAUGAUCUAAUGAAUAGUUUUCAAUUUUUUUUAAUUCAUUAGAGGUAACUUUGGGAAUAAGCAAAAAAUCCAGAAUAAUCAAAAGAAAAUAUUGAUUUAAUUUUAGAAUGCCUUAAAUAGCUUUUACCAGCCUUAAAAAGUUUUAUUUAAUCUAAUCAUUUAUAUGCACUUUUUACUUCACAAUCGAUUUCUAGUCUUAUUUGGGUAAUAUUUACAUUCUAUUCCACAACAAAGGAAAGAUUUUUAUAAGUUUAGACUUAGUAAUAAUACUUAAGUGAAAUUGAGUAAAUAUAUGAAAGACUAGAAAUAGAGAGUGAAGGAUCAAAAUAUAAAAAUAAUAUAGAAUAUGAAUUAUUUGUCAUUAGAGCAGUAUUAUAUAUUACUCCAACCAAUUCAUAAGAAGGCUUUGAGAUCCUGUCGUAAUUUUUAGGAGGUGCCUUUUAAGCCUUAGUUACAUUCUCCUUAAAUGAUGAUUUGAUUUAAAGUUUAAAAAAAGGAGUUGUAUACUUAUAUCAAUAAGGGGUGAAAUAUUCAAGAAUAAAGAAAUUAGAAAUCAUAUUUUCAUUACUGAGUUUGAAGUUUGAUGCUAUGAAUAUAUUGGAAUAGAGUAAGGAGACAAAGGUUUAGAGUAGUAAAUCCAAGGAAAUUGCUGAAUUGUUGGGUAAAAUGUAUUGCGAUGUUGUAAAAGAAUCCAGCGAUUGGGAAAUUUGGUAAUGCUGGAUUUAAACAAUAUCUUCUUUAUUUCAAUUCAAACCAGUGAUAUAGAAGUUAUGCUUAGAAGAAUCUCUUUUGAAUGAGAUACUGUAGAAGGAUUAUGCAAUUAAAACACUUGGAAAUUAGCAAAUAUUGUCUUUAAAAUACUCUAAUAUUUAAAAUGAUAGAACUUCUAAGACUAUUUUCGAUAGUUCAACAACACUCUAAGAAUUAGCCUAACUUUAGAAUUUCAUUUUACAAGGUUAUGGCUAAUUAUCGAAUUAUGAAUAAUAGUAUUUUAUUAAGCUUUAGGCUUUAGAUGAAUAAAAGUAAAAUAAUUAACCUUAAUUGCCAAUUACUUUAUCAAGAAUUUCCUAAUUAUUGAACUAGGUAUAAUCUUUGUAGUCAAUAUUUAUUGAAUUUAAUGAAAUUGUAAAGUCUCAAGAUUUGAAAGAUCAACAAAAGUUAAAGUAAUCAGAGAAAUUAAUGAAAGAAUCUCAAAUGAAAAUUAUUGCAUUUUUGUCAGAGAUAGAACAUUUGAAUACAUUGAAAACUAUUAUUUAAAAUUCAUCUUCACUAAGAAAUAAUUAAAAUAUCUUUUUUGAUGACUACUGUUAAAUCCAAUAAACUAAUUGUUAAAUUUAUUUAAAUGGUUUGGCCAAUUUUAGAAAUGAUCAAUACCAAGAAACAUUCUAAUCUGAUUAGUAUAUUUAAAUUAUUUCUGAAUUAAUUUCAAGUUCCUAAAACGGUUCAUCUUUUAAAAAGACAUUUGAAUAAUUUACAAAAAAUCAUUUGGACAAAGAUAUCAUUAAGAAUAUGUAAAAUGCUUUGAAAAAUAUUGUUUUUAAAGAAGAAAGUUCAAAUUUUCAACAAAACGAUUACUUAAUUGGUCUCAUCAAAGCAAUAAAUUUAAUUUAAUAAUGGAAAUCCAAUUUGAAAUGGAAUUUACAAAAUUGCAUAAUCCUACAAAUAUAUCUGAGAAUGUUAUUAUAAGAAUAAUAUUAUGAUAAAGAUCCUAAUAUUUAGAACUCAAUAAGUAAUAUUACUAAUUAACAUAUAUCCUACUAAACAUUAAGCUAAUCAAUUUAAUUUUUAUAUAAUCAAUACUCUUAUUGUGAAUGCUUUAAGAAGUUUUCAACUCUAUAAUUGCAAUCAAAGAGUAACCUUGAAAAAUUGCUGAAAACUUUAUUAAUUGAUAAUUUUGAUGCGAAGAACACUAACCUCUAAAUUCUUAGAAAGUACUUGUUUUGCAAUAAUUCUUCAGUUAAGAAUGUGAAAUUUGAGUUGGAAAUCUCUAAGAUGAUGGAGGAGGAAAUGGAUCAGUCAAUAAGUUAUAUAAACUAAGUAUAAAGUGCUUUAAAAAUGAUUAUUGAUUUUCUUCUCUAUGAAAAGGAAGUUAAUAAUGAAGUAACAGAUGAAUUAGAAUAUCUACUUGACAUAAAAUGCAUCACUGAAGUUAAACAAAAUUUCCUUGAAAAUUAAACAAACAAGUAUAAGAUAUAAGAAUGUUUGCAAAAGCUAUAGAAUUAUUAUGAAAAAUUUUAGUAAAUUCUUGCAAGCUCGUAGACUCGCAUUAAGGAAACUGAUGAAUUGUUUUAUGAAUAAUUAAUUCAGAAAUUAUAAACAUUAGAUUAAUUGAUAGUGUUUUUUACAGGACUCUCUGAGUUAAACAUUUUUAAUAAAAAAGAUGAAGAAUUAGUAGAACAAAUCAAAAUAGAUAUUCGAGAGAAGUUAGACUAAUUAAUUGAUUAUACAUAUGUCAAAAAUGGUAAUAUCAAUAUUGAACUUAACAAUAAAAUUCAAAUAGAAAUUGAAUUUUACUAAAAUAUUCAUUCUGAAUUAGAAGAAUUGAAAUAGAAAUAAGAGAAAUAAUUCAAUCAAGUUAAAGAAAUUGAAAAAGAAUUAUAAUAAAUUCUCCUUUAAUUGAAAAAUGUAGUAACAUUAAAUAAGUUAAAAGAGUAAAAAAAUAGCUAUGAUACAGUUCUCUAAGAGACUGAAAGGGAGAUCAAAUAAUCAUUUACAAAGUUAUAAAAAGAAUAAACUACUUUAGAAUUAGAUAUUUCAAAAAUACAAAAAAAAAUAAGCGAAAAACAAACAGUUUAACACAAAAAGGACAUUGAAUCUCAAUUACACUUUAUUUUGGUUUAAGUAGAAAGUAAGGAGAAACAAUAUAAUUAUUUUGAAUAGUAAUAUGAUAAAAUUAAAGAAGAAAUUGUAGAUUUUCUAUUUAGUAAUAAAUGGAGAAUAAGACAAGUUAUUAUUUACGAAUUGCAAUAAAUGAGGUAGUUUUGUUUGUCACAAAACUCGAUUAACAUUAGUUCAGGACUAUUGAUUAAAUUUUCAGUUUUUGAAACUGAUAAAAAAAUAAGAAUGCUAUUCAACAAUUAAGGUGGAUAGGAAUCUUAAAUGAUCUUAAGUAAAUAUUGGCCAAGUCAAGAGCAAAUGAUUUAAAAUAAAAUCAAAGAAAAAAUAAAGGAAUUAAAUGACGUUGCUUAAAAAUUGACGAUAGAAACCUCAAAUUAAUUGAAAAUUAAAUAUCAAAAGGAAUAUAGCAGAUUGGAGAAAGAAAUCUAGGGAAUUCUAGAAAACGUAGAAAAUAUAGGAAAUCAGAUGGGCAUAACAAUCCUGUUUUUUUAGGAUUUGAAAUAAGAUCUUUUAAGAAUAGAAAAUUAAAUCAAACAACUUUAGGAAGCCAUGGAAAGCAUCAAUAAGGAUCUCAGGUUUUUAAAAGGAAGAUCAGUGAAGGAGCUAUUUGAAAUGAGAAUGAAACGAGUACUUCAAUAAAGAUUAGUGUAUAAUUCAGACAAUGUUUAUAUUUAAAUUUUAACAAAAGAAAGGUUAUAAUAAGAAGAUGCUGAAGAUAUUGAAACUGUUUUAUUUACAGAGGAUUUAUUUGGGAAUGGAGAAAUUAAUGAAUUUAUUUGGAAAUAAUAGAAAGAUUCAUUAUUAAUUCAUGGACAAGCAGGAUCAGGUAAAAGUACAGCUGCUAGAAAGAUUGAAGAAUUUCUAUGGCUUAUAUACUAGAAAAACAAAAAUCAAACAGAUUAUAUUCCGUUAAUUCCAAUAUUUGUUUCACUUCCUUAAUUAAAAGACCCUAUAUAUUGUGCAUUAGAGGAAACUCUUAGGUCAGAUAAUUAUAGAUUUAGCGAGAGACAAAUAGAGGAACUUAAAGAAGCACUAGAACUAAAACAAUAUAGAUUGAUUAUAAUUAUGGAUAGUUAUGAUGAACUGAAGUAACAAUAUAUUGGACUGAAUCUGAAUCUCUCGAAUAGAAUUUCGAAAUGGAGAUGCAGUUCUGAUAGAAACAAGUAUCCUAAGGUUAUCACUACUUCAAGAUCAGAGCUAUUCACAAUAAAGGGAUAUAGCUCUUGGUUUUUAUCAGAAUCGAAUUCACAUAGCUUUUAUAAAGAGGUGAGAUUAUUAAAAUUUACAGAAAACCAAAUAAAGCAAUAUAUUCAAGAGUACACAUUUCUCUGUGUCAAAAGAGUUAUUAAAGAGUUCUAUUUUGCUGCUUAUUAGGAUUAGGAUUAUUAAGAGUUUGAGAACGUUUAUGUAGAUAUUAUCAAGACAGUGGGAUUGCUAAAUAUAAAAUAAGAGUAGCAAUAAAUGCUGAGUCAGGAUAUUAUUGAUUCUUUAAUUUUGAAAUGCAAGCAUUUUGUUACAACUGAACAUCAGAAAUCGAUGACUUAGAUGCUGAUGGAGAUUUGGUCAAGUUGGAAGUAUGAAAACUUUAUAAAGUUGAUGGGAUUGGAGUAGGUGAUAGAAACACCAUUUAUGGUGGAGAUAGUGAUGGCUGUCCUUCCUUAUGUAGUGAAGUAGAGAUAGGAAAUUAAUAAUAUUAAAGAGAACUUUAUUAAAAAAUAUGUUUAUUUGAGUAGAUAAGAUGAUUCUGUAUAAAAAUAGGCACUUGAUGAGUGGCAGGGGAUUUUGAAUAAUUAACAGUUCAUUACAGAAUUUGUUCAGGAAUUUUAGAUUUCUGAAUAAGAGAAGAAGAUAUACCAAUAUUUUUAGAAUAAUUAAAGAGUGAAUAUCAUAAUGAAGGCAUUGCUCUUGGAACCUUUGUCUACAUAUGAUUUCUAUAUACAAUUUUUAGAGCAUUAUUUUAAGAGAUAAAUUAAUAAGCUGAGAGAAACAGGAGAAUAGAUUGAUUUUGAUUCAAUAGGUAAUGAAUUAUGGGAAUUCGCUCAUAAAUUGGCUAAUGAAAUGACAUUUAACAAUUUGAGUUAAGUUCCUUUUUAACCAAGUGGAUUAGUGUUUAAGAAGGAGGAUAAAGAUUGGAGAGAUGACUUUUUUAAUGAUGAUUGUUAGGAAGGGACGUUCAAAAGAUUAUUUAGAAAAUGUAUACCAAUUAAAUAGAAAAGUGGAAUCUAUUCAUUCAACCACAAAUCUUUGUAAGAGUUCUUAGUAGCAAAAUGGUUUAUAGAACAAUUGGUCAAGUUAAAUGUAUAAGAUUAGGACACACCAGUAAGGAUUGAUAAAGACUAACAGAAAUAAUUAGUUAAAUACAAUUUCUUUUAAAAGUCCUGGGAUUUUGAUUAUAUGCAAGGACCUAUUAGAUUUAUAAUCAAUAAAAUAAAAUUCAAUGAAGAAUUAAAAUAGAAGUUAAUCAAUUUAAUCUAUUAUUCAAGAUUUGAUGAUGAGUUUACUAUUGGAAGUUCAAAUAGUCUGUAUUUAUUAAAUCUCUUAGGGUAGUAAUUUAUAGAGAGGGAUUUUCAAUAAAUAAAAAUUAAAUAAAUAAGUUUAAAUAAUGCUAACUUUUUCUGUUGUAAUUUCAACGGAUCGAAGUUUAACAAAGUGAAAUUGUCUGGAGUCAAUCUGAAUAAUGCUGAGAUAAAGAAUGCAAAAUGGGAAGAUAUUUUAAUUGAUGAAUUACCAAAGAUAGAAACCAAUAUUAGUAAUGCAUAAUAGAUAAUAUAUAUUGAAGAAGAAAACGUUUUUUUAGUUCAUGAUAGUAUUUAAGUCAAAUAAUAUAAUUUAUAUAAGUUUUAAGAGGAAAGGAAACUAAACAUAGAUUUCAAACCAAGAUUUAUUGUCUUAUCAAAUAAUUAGAAAUUGUUAGCGAUGAUAAAUAAAAAUGAAGCCUUAAUUUUUGAUAUCACCAACAAUAAGGCCAUUUAAAAAUUGAACUUCGGCGAUUGCUUCUCAUAAUAUAAGGAUACUAUUACAUUCGGUCCAAAUGACUAAUCUAUAAUCUUAGGAGGAGGUGAUGGAGCAGAUGAGUUUCAAUUGAUACUCUAAUAUGAUAAUAUCCCAGAAGUAAAAAAUCAAUAUCAAAACAUGAAAUCAAAGCAUGCUCCUAAGGGCAAUUUAAAAAUGAAGAUGAUUGAAGAUGAUAAUGACGAAAAUGAUAUAAUAAUGUAGAAUCAAAAUAAUAUUUAAUAAACCUAAAAGAAUAAGUUACUUAAAGUACAACCAGAUUCGAUUGUUGCACCCUAUCAAUUUCAUUCAUUGACUAAUGAAAAAGUGUAUGAAUUAAAAUGUGCAAAGGUAGUCAUUUUAUAACAUCAUUACAAUUUUUCAAUUUAUAAUUAAAAAGAAAAGAAACUAGAAACACAUGAAUCAAAAUUAAGGCGAUUGACAUGUUCAGAUGUAAACAGAGAUUCAACCUUAGUUGCCUUUGGAGGUGAUCAAGGAGAAAUAAUCGUAUUUUAAAUAUCAUCAGUUGAUAUCAAUUUCAGUCUUUCAGGUCAUAAGGAAUAAAUAUCACAAAUUUAAUUUUCUACUGAUGGAAAAUAAUUGGUAUCCUGUUCUUGGGACAAAACUAUAAGAUUAUGGAAUAUAUAAUAAAAAUCAUAGAUAAGUCAAACAGCAUUUAUCUUAAAGCCAAAAGUGUAUUCAUUAUGCUUAGUUAACAAUUCAACUUUAGCCUUAACAGGGUUUGCUGAUGGACUUGUCUAGUUGUGGGACUUAGAAAAUUCUGAUUCAACUAUCGAUGUCAAUAAGGGACAUUAAGCUGAAAUAACAUGUGCGAUAUUUUCAUUUGAUGGAAAGUUUAUAAUCUCAGGAUCAGCAGAUAAGAUGAUCAAAAUUUGGAAUACAGGGACGGGAUUACAAGAAGGUCAAAAUCUGGUUAAACAUAAUUAAACUAUCAUCUCGUUAGCCAUCUCAGAUGACUCAUAACUACUAUGUUCUGGUAGUAUAGAUGGCGAUGUUUAUCUAUGGGAUUUUAAGAGUCAGAAGUUUUAGCAGCAAAUGAAUUUAUUUGGAAGUUAAGUAAAUGAUAUUAAGAUUAUAAAAUAUAAUAAUGAAUAUAGAAUAUUGACUCAAACCAAUGGAGGUAUUGUGUAAUUAUGGUAGGAGAGUCUAUAAGAGUACUAUUUGCUUUAUGAUUACACAGAUGUCAAUAAGAGAUGUAUUUCUGGUUAUGAAAGUAGGGAAGUACUUUUACAAUCGUAAAAUUGUAAUACAUUUGUACGAGAGUUUAGAAGCAUUACAUAUGAUGCCUUAAAGUCACAUAAGAUUUCAUCUUUAGGAGCUAGCAUUGAUGGAUUGGUAAAAUUAGUAGGGACUGAUUAAGGAACAUUGCUGAUAGUUAGGCAUGAUUCAAGAUCAGAACAAAAAUAGAUGCAGCUCUCUUAGCCUAUUUCAUUUAUUAAGACAUUAAGUUCUAAAUACUUUUUGACAGUCUCUGGAGAACAUAUUUUGGUGUGGAAGUUUUCUGAUUUUAGUAUAAAGGAGUCCCUUUUAACUGAGAACAGAAUAUUAAAUGAUAUACUUGUAAAUGAAGAUUAAUUUUUUUGUGCAGGAAAUCUCAUAGAAAUUUGGACUAUUUCCUCUUAAACCAAAGUAUAAAAAAAAAUAUUUAUUCCAAAUGAGAAUAUAUCAUCUGUGGGUUAUGAUUAAAAAAAUACAAAAAUUUAUGCAGGAUUAGGUAAUGGCAAUAUUGCUAUCAUUGAUCAAACCACAGAUGUAUAAACAUAGAUUGAGCAUGCUCAUUCUAGAGAAAUUAUAUCAAUUCAUUGGCUUAAAACAAGAGAUAUGUUAAUAACAGGAGGUGAUGACUUAACAUUGAAAUUAUGGAGUUCAGACUUAAGAGUUAUCAAAGAGGUUGAAAUCUAAGAUAUUCUGGUUUCAACAUUUAUUUCAUCCAAUGAAAUUUAUAUGAUAGUCUAAGAAGAACAUCAAUUAAGUAUUUGGGAUUUAGAAUAACUAACAUUAGUGGAGAACAUGAUCAAAAUUCAAAAGUCUGCCAAAGUGAUGUUGUCCAGUUCUACUUAACAAGUAUUUUGGACCAAUGAAUAAUAAAUAUCCUUACUACCUGUCAUGAAUAAGAAAAUUUAUUCUUCUCUAAUGAUGGAGAGACAAUCACAUGAUCCUGAAUUUGUGACAAAUUCUGAAAAAAUGAUAAUUACUGCAGACAGAAAAGGUAAUUUAUUUAUGUGGGAUUAUGAUGGGUAAAAAAUUGAUGAAAAGAGGACUGAUAAACAUAAUGAAUUGAGAUCCAUAAAUUUGUCUAAUGAUUAAACUAAAAUUGUAUUGGCCUUUAAGAAUCUUAUUACUAUAAUUGAUCUACAGAAAAAGCAGGAUAUUUUUAAUAAAGAAGUCUAAAAUUAUGACAUUACUAGAACUUUGUAUCUAAGUAAUAAUGAUCUACUUGUUGUUACUAAUUCAGAAAAAAGCCAGGUUAUUAAAUUUUCAAUUACUGAACCAAAAAAGGAGACUAUUAUUAGUAAUCAUUUAGGUAAAGCUCUUGGGGCUGCGACUAAUGAUUCAUGCUUCUUAACUUAUGGAUCCGAUUAAGCUAUUAGGUAUUAUGUAGAAUAAUAAUCAUGCAAAUUUGUGUUUUCUUCAUAGCAAAGAUUUGAAUGCGAAGGGGCAUAAAUAAAAAACAGUGAGAUUUCAUUUAAAUCCAAAAUUGAUCUUGCAGUUCUUUUUAAGUAGAAGAAGGCUAUUUUAGAAUGA